AUGCCCUCUUGGGUGUGGCAAAUGCUGGUGGGUCCAUUGAACUGCUCCGCUUGGUGGGAUCUGAGGGCCAGUGACCAGCCCUUGAAAAUCAUUAGCAGCGACUCCAAGGGGCAACUCCACCUGCUAGAGGUGAAUGAGGCGGGGCCCAGGCUGCAGGAUGUGGCCUCGUGGCAUGCCCAUCACUUCGAGGCCUGGAUUGCUGCUUUCAAUUACUGGCAGACAGAAAUAGUUUAUUCAGGUGGAGACGAUGGCCUCCUGAAGGGCUGGGACACCAGGACACCCAGCACAUCUGUGUUCACUAGCGACAGACACUCCAUGGGUGUGUGCAGCAUCCAGAGCAGUCCCCAUCGUGAGAACAUCUUGGCUACGGGAAGCUAUGAUGAGCACAUUCUACUGUGGGACACUCGGAACAUGAAGCAGCCAUUUGCAGACAUGCCCACACAGGGCGGAGUGUGGAGGCUCAAGUGGCACCCCUUCCACCACCACCUGCUCCUGGCAGCCUGUAUGCACGGUGGCUUUAGGAUCUUCAACUGCCAAAAGGCAAUAGACGAGAAGCAGGAAGCCUGCACAGUCUCUGUGUCCCACACGUUGUCCAACUCAUUGGUGUAUGGAGCUGACUGGUCCUGGCUCUACUUUGGCAACCUGUCCCAAACCCACCAGUCAUACCACUUAGGGUCCUCUCCCUGCAACAACUCAGGAGCCAGGGCAGCACAUCUCUGUAGCAUGAAGGCUGUAUACCAGUCACCAGCACCCUCUCUUCAUCAUUUAGCAGAGGAUGGUGAAGAGGAUCACUCCAAACUGAGAACUCUUCUCCAGCCACUCACAGAGGAUAUGGUAAAGAGUGGCACCCGGCUGCAUACUGCAGGGGCCAAGUUCUGUGACCGUGACCUCUAUCUGGAAGCAGUGAACUCGGAUGCUGACCUCCUUGCUACUUGCUCCUUUUAUGAUCAUGUUCUUCACCUCUGGAAGUGGGAGAACAGCUAAGCUAGGGAAGAAGUUGGUUGAUUGAAGUCAUAAAGACCAUUUCCACAGAUAAACCCAAGUGCGACUUUGGUGAAGUGCCCUCAGACCAUCUCAUUGAGUUUUCCUGUAUUCCACAGGUGACUAGAGGGUUUGGUGCACCUCAGGGGCUCUACAGUGUCAACGGUCAAAGAAGCUCUUGGCUUCUCUGAAAUAAACCUUAUCCAAGUGGUGA